AUGGCUCUAGGCAAGCGUUCCCGAACUCUCCCAACACUGAGCAACAACAAGCUCCCCUCACUUACCGUUCCACAUCCUAAACGCGCGCGCACCUCUCUCUCGCCCUUGACGGACUGCGACCCCUACUCGAAUAAGGAGAACAUCCCUCCCUCCCCCUGUCCUUCAUCUCCCAUACCAAGCGUCGUCAGCCUACAUGAUGAGCUCGACAUGGACACCCGCGUGACCCGCAGUCGCGCGCGCUCUAGCACACCGAGAAUAGAACGAUUGCCCAGCACUCGUAGGAUGCCGCGGAGAGCUGAUCCAGCACCAGAGAAAACCAGCACGCGUCGCACAACACGUUUGACUAUCCCUGUUCUCGCGCCUACACCACCGCUCACCCCGGAGUCGGAAGGCGACUCGUUCGAUGCACCCUUGCUCACUCCUUCUCUCGACAUGGGCCGCCUGAUACUCGGAGAUGAGGACAUCAAGUGCCCGUCUCCGACAUCGAACGCGUACGUCACUGCCCGUGGUGCGCUCAAAGCACCUCCUUCAGACCUUGCCGGUCGGGAAGACCAGAGAAUCGAGUUACUCGCGUUUCUCUCUCCAUUUCUUUCUGGAUUGAAUGAGGACGAUGACAGCAGGGUAAUGUACAUCUCCGGCACGCCUGGCACUGGGAAGACCGCCCUGGUUAAGAAAAUGCUCUCUGAAAUCAAGGCAGAUGGGGUGAGAACGGGGAUGAUCAACUGUAUGGGACUCGCCAGUGCGAAAGAGGUGUGGGACACCGCGUGGGGCACCAUGGAAGCAGAGAAGGUGAAAGAUUCGAAGAUGAGCUUGGAGAAACUACUUGAGGAAGGUGAUAAGUUCGUCUUGGUGCUCGACGAGAUCGACACGCUCCUCCGCCUUCCCAGCGUCCUCUCCACCAUCCUUAACCUCCCCUCGCAGCAUCCGAACCUAUGCUUGCUCACUAUCGCAAACUCGCUCUCUCUCCCGUCUCAACUGCCUGCGUCCAUCUCCCUCACCCAAGUCAGCUUCGCACCAUAUACGUGGGAACAAAUGACUGCUAUCGUCAAGUGCAAGCUCCCCAGCGAGUGCACGGUCAUAGACGAAAAGGCCCUCGAGCUCGCUGCGCGGCGUGUGGGAGGGCGGACAGGGGAUCUGCGUGUGCUGGUGGAAGUGUUGCGGAAGGCACUUGAUGCCGCAGAGAAAGACUGGAAGAAACGCACUGCUGAGAACCCGUUCAUCGCGUGCGAUCUGGUCAAGGUUAGCCCCGCGCAUAUCCUCGCCGCUAUCAAGACUGUCACUUUCCCAUCGAGUUCUACUGCCUCCUCAGCGCCUUCCGCCAGCAGCCCAACAACUGUGCUCAUCCGUACCCUACCCGUGCAAACACGUCUCAUCCUUCUCGCCCUGCUUGUUGCCUCCUACCGAACCUCUCUCGGACUCCCGCUCACCUCUGUCCCGUCCUUCGGUACUGCGGCCAAGUCCAAGUCCACUGCCCCGACCCCAACCCAGCUCUUCGCGAGCUACUCUGCCCUGCUAUCGAAAUACGGCGGCACUCUUCCUCCGGCUCUUGGGUCGAGCGACUUCCACGAUGUGCUCAAUAUGCUUGAAGCCUCUUCUCUCGUCAGCUAUGCCUCUUCCACAGGCCCGAAAAAGCGCACAACUGCGCUGCGCUGCGUCACUCUCGUCCCUCAGGAGGAGGAAGUGAGGCGGGCGAUGUUCCUCGGACUUGACCAGAGUGCAGAAGGGGUUGAAGAGGCGCUCAAAAGUGCGUGGACGAAAGUGUGCAAGGAUGCAAGGAAUGAGGUUGUCAGGAGGGGAAAGAAGGCAGAGAGGGAGGCGAAUGAGUGCCCUCUGGAAGAGCGACUCUAG